ACGCCCACCUUCUAACCCCCACCACUUUUGUGUUUUGUGCUUCAGCUUGUGUUUGUGUUUGUCGACAAAGUGGACCGGUGAUUUCCUGGUUCUUAUCAAUUUGCCGAAUUUUUAUUGUUUGCCCGACCAAUUCGACGAUUUGGAUUCAAUUAGAAAGAAAGUCUUCGUAAUCUGCAGAUAAAAGGUAAAAUAUGACCAUGGACGUCGCCCCUUGUCACACGGUUUACAUUAAAAAUCUGGAUGAAUCUGUCAAGAAAGAGGAGUUAAAGCGAUCGCUUUACUACCUCUUCUCUCAGUUUGGCUACAUCAUGGAGGUUGUGGCCCUGAAAACGCCUAAAAUGAGAGGACAGGCAUUUAUUGUCUUUCAGGACAUUAAUAGCGCCUCGAACGCAAUUCGCGGCAUGCAAGGAUUCCUCUUUUACAAAAAGCAGCUUGUUCUGAGUUAUGCUAAAAGAGAAGCUGAAGAAAUCGCCAGGCUAAAGGUUUCGAUGCCUUCAAAGAGGUUCCGACAAAUGUAUGGAGGGGAACAAGCUGCACCCCAAGCUGCCACACCGAUGGUCACUGAACCUGUCGAAGGAGACACCAAUGGAAAAGAAAUGGACAUGGAUGUUGAUGCUCCGACCGAUACCAAGGUUGCGAACCAGAUUCUUUUCCUGAAAAAUCUUCCAGAAGAAACAACGUCCAUGAUGCUCUCCAUGCUUUUCAACCAGUUUCCCGGCUUCAAAGAAGUUCGGCUAGUACCAAACAGACACGACAUAGCGUUCGUUGAGUUUGACAGUGAAGGACAAUCAGCGGCGGCAAUGACUGCACUUCAGGGAUUCAAAAUCACUCCCACUAAUGCCAUGGAAAUCACAUACGCUAAUAAAUAACUUUGAAGUUUCAUGUCCGAAAUAGUUCUAAAUGUAUA